AUGGUGCUCGAAGCGUGUCUGGUUUGGCACGUUCAAGAGCCUAGUAGACUGCUCGUCGGACAAUCUCCAGCGUGCCUGGAUCUUAUAUUAACCAAAUCCGAACAACCUGUGAGUCUCAUCACGCUUCACGAGCCAAUUGGAAAGAGCGAUAAUUUGAUCGUCUUAGCCAGACUGAAUCUACUGCACUCACGCGACCUUGAUCGGACGCCGCGUCGUAACAUUUGGAAGGCUGAUUUGGCCAGUAUGCGCCGAGAGGCCGAAUCGUCUGAUUGGUUCCUUCUGGGAGGUGACUUAGUCGAGUCAUCCUGGUCAAGUCUCAGGGACAAACUUAAAUCGCUAUGCGAGAAGUUCAGUCCGCUCAGAUACAACACCAGAAAACCUACGUUACCACCAUGGGACGAUCAAAAUUUUCGUCAGUUAGCUAGGCGUCGUAAGAAGUUGUGGCUGAAAUAUCGGAAUACCACGGAUGCACGUGCCUACGUGGCCUACAAAAACCAACAUAACCUAUGUAAAUCUUCCUAG